AUGUCCACAAUUAAAGCUUAUAAAGGGCUUUUUCCCAACAGAGCAGUAAGAGGCGCAUCCGCCUUGUCGGUGCAUCUGCAAUGGAUGGUUGUUCGGAGCUGGUCCAGCUUCCUCAUCAAGAGAAAGGAGUAAACAGCGCAGAACCCAAACAUCUUAGCCCACAGCUCUUUCCAAUACCACGGACUGCUUCAGCGCAAGACUGGAUGCAGAGCCCCCGCUGACUGCAAAGGUGUUGUGGUCAUCAUGAUGCAGAGAUCCAGCCAGCGAGAGCCCACCACCUCCUACGAGCUGACCACUAUCAAUAAGAACGCUCUGGCCACCGUCAGCAGCAUUCAGUGCUCAACCUGCAAGGCCCAGUGCCGCCCCAACCUGCGCAUGGUGCUUGGUGCCUGA